ACACGACCUGCCGCCGCCGCGACGUCCACACGUGCCGGCGGCGCUGGAGCGACACCGGUAAGCGACGCCCAGCUGCAUCUGGCCUGCGCCGUGCUCACGACCGACCUUCUGCCGACAUGCGGCGUGGCUGAGUAGCACCAGAAGGCAAGCAGGUCUUCACUGCCAGCGGGUAUGAAACACCUGCUGAUGACCGCGGAGCGGCAUUCUAUAGAGCAUCGGCACGCAGGCAUCGCCAUGGACGGCGCCGGCGGCAGCGACGCCAAGCAGAAGGCAGCCCACCACCACCAACAACAUCAGCAGCAGCAGCAGCAACAGCAGCGCGCCUCUGGGCAGCAGGCGUCCGUCAUCACGUCAGCUGCACCGGGUUCGAGGAGGGAGCUCCAACAGCCGUCCCCGCAGCCUCCGCAGCCCCAGCAGCAGCAGCCGCGGCAGCAGGUGAUGCGCACCAUUACGACGUCGGGGCUGAUCGCGGUGGGCCCCGUGCCCGACGAGGCGUCGCCCGCCGCCAGCCCGCAGCACCAGGCGCAGGCCGUCAACGGCCGCAGCCCCGCCACGCACAGCCCGCCCGCCUCCAUCAAGCGCUCGCCCGACCACCACCCGCCCCCGCAGCAGCAGCAGCAGCAGCAGCACGCCGCCUACGCCACCCACAGCCGCUUCUCCUCGCCGCAGCACCAGUACUCGCCGCAACAGGUGGCGUACUCGCCGGCGAGCGUGGCGGUGUCGUCGCCGUACCAGCACCAGCAGCAGGCGGCGACGCCGACGGACCAGUCGGCGGCGGAGGACGCGGCGUCGGCGUCCAGCCCCCCGCAGCUGCUGGAGGCGGCCGGCGGGCACCGCUACUCGGCGCGGCCGCAGCCGCAGGCCCAGGGCCAGCAGCGGUUCGCGCCGCCGUCGCCGCACCAGCCGCAGCCGCAGCCGCAGUCGCAGGCCCAGCACGAGGUGCUGGCGGCGCGCUACGCCCACCACGACGACUACCACGGCCAGGCCGCCUCCAUCACGCCACCGCCGCCGCUCGAACACAUACACCAGCCGCACCACCAGAUCACCUACGAAGACCACCAGGUGGUGGAGACGACGGAGCUGCUGCAGCUGAAGACGGCGCCGCUGUCGCCGACAGACGGAGGCGGCGGCGGGGGCGGCGCGCUGUCUGGCGACGGCACCUACACCACCCUGCAGACCGUGCAGCUGGGCUCACACCCCGGCACCUACCAGGUGACGUUCGCCACCGACCCGUACCCGCCGCCGGCGAGCUCGUCCUCGUCCACGUACCACUACCACCAGCAGGUGACGUCGCAGGCGCACUCGCAGUCGCACCAGGUGGUGCACCGCGCGUCGCCGCUGUACCAGCCGGCGGGCAAGGUGAUGGGCGUGGUGGGCGGCGAGACCAUCUUCCUCAAGUCGGACCCGACGCUGAGCUCUUCGUCGUCGGUGGUGAUCAAGAGCUCGCCGUCGCCGCCGGGCUCGGCGCCGCAGACCAUGAUCUACGGCUACGAGCCGGCAGCGCCGCCGCCGCAGCCCAGCUCGCCGCAGAUCGCGACGCUGUACGGCGCGGGCGGCGCCUCCUACCAGAUACCCUCCUCCAGCAAGGAGCCCGCCGCCUUCCUCUGGACCACGGCCGGCGACUACAUGAGCGGCGCCACCGGCACCGCCUCCGCCGCCUCCGCCGCCUACGGCGCCGCCGACGCCGGCGUCCAGCUCAACUACGUGCCCUACACGCCCAACGGCGGCGCCGGCUCCACCGCCACCACGCUCGCCUUCAUGGACAUCGGAGACGCCAGCAUCGACCAAGGUCUGGCGGCGGCGGGCGACAUCAAGGAGUGCGUCAACUGCGGCUCGAGCGUGACGCCGCUGUGGCGGCGCGACGGCACGGGCCACUACCUCUGCAACGCGUGCGGCCUCUACCAGAAGAUCAACGGCGUCAACCGGCCGCCCGUGCGCUCCCAGCAGAAGAAAAGCAGCUCGCAACCCGGCAACCGGCGGUGCGGCGUGUCGUGCGCCAACUGCAACACCACGACGACCACGCUGUGGCGGCGCAACAACAACGGGGAGCCCGUCUGCAACGCCUGCGGCCUCUACUUCAAGCUGCACAACGUGAACCGGCCGCUGAGCAUGAAGAAGGACGGCAUCCAGACCCGCAAGCGCAAGCCCAAGACGCCGGCCACGAGCCGCGACAGCCCGCCCACGCGUGGCGGACACGUGGACCACGUGCUGCACUCCGGCCGCCAAGUCGUCGGGCGCAGCGCGGCCCACUCACAGUACACGGGGCACGGCCACCGCACGGCGGCCUCCGCGGCGGCGGUGCGGCUACAGUACCCCGAGGUGCCGCUGCUGGAGGACGAUCACGACCAGUACCUCCCCGCGCCCGCCGGGUCGCCAGCGCUCGAGCUGCCCACCUCCUCGCUGCUCAACCGCCACAUCGCCUCCAACGUUCCCCCACUCGAGCCUAUUGCAGCGAGAGCCUCUGCCGACACCCUAACCAGCGUCAUAACCUCCACCGCUCUCGCGGCGAGCAGUGAGCCAUCUGCCGGAGGCGGGCGGAAUCACGGAGACAGCAGCCAGAAUAGUCCCUGCUAAAGUUCACUUACUCACCGCAAUACGCGCUGAUGUCGUGCUCGAGUUUCAUACGAACUUCUCAAUUGCGUUUGCGACGAACUGUGGGAAAAAGUUGUGAUUUACCAAAGAUGCGUGCCACGACAUCCACUGUGGCCCGGAAGACGAAGAUUUCUGGAGGCAGUGUCGUUUGUUUGUAGAGCUCAGAGCUUGAACCUUUAUUCAGAGGACAUUGCUGACAAUUCAGUCAUUUACCCUCGAAAAUGUUCGGGUCAUGAUUUAUAAUAUAGAGUUUAUAUCUUUGGAGUCUUCCUUUGACAGUUUCUCCGAGAGUGAUUUUAAUCAUUCGUUCACGUAUGGGAGAAUACGGAGAUUUAUUGUACUGUAAACAUGUGUUCAUGAUCAUGAGAGACACGUCAACACAGAAGAUACUUAGUAAUGAAAGUGCAACCUGUACCAAAGGAAUCGCGGUUACAAAAGGAUGCUUAUUAGUUAUCUAUGUUACCAGUUUUACAAGCUUUUAUUCAUGUAUUUUUGUUGUCAUAUCAUUAAAAAAUGGUUUAUAAUGGAGGCAUAGGAUCAUGGCAGUACAGACUAUGCUUCGUGGUAAAUCUAUAUGAGACUUGUAUCGUAGCAGUCACCAAAGACAAAGGACCCUGAAAUUGAACUAUUUUACCAAAGAAGUCUAUCUGCAGCUGUAACAAACUAUUUACACUUAAUUAAAUUUUUCUGCGAUGUAGAAUGUGCACACAUCUUCGUUAGUGGUUAAAAACUAAGUUCACUACCUUAAUAAGGUAGCGAAAACGUAAACAGGUCUAGUGUAAAUAGUAUAAGCAGUCAACAGUUUCGUAGGUUUUGUAUUUCCUUGGCAUCAUAAUAGUUCAAAGAAGUGUAGACUUGCAGCAAACAAAUAUUGUUCCUUUCCAAUGAACGUCAAGGACGAAAAUGCUUUUUUUCACAAAUAUCAAACUAAGGAGAGUAAUACCUUCAGCUGAGUACCUUGGAGGACGCCCUACAUGCAAGCUUGGCGAAAUGUUUAUCACUUAAUAGAAAUCCAACAGUCUAUGAUUUCUCGUAAUGUGUAGUACAAUUCCGUAUUUUUAUACGAAUCUAUGAUUUCCUACAGUAAAAGGGAUAUGUCUAGAAUUUCCAAAGGCAUUAUAAAAAGGAACAUACAUGAUUCCUGCAGAAUUAUGCAUUAACGAAUACAAUGUGUUUGGGUCUUGCAUAAUAAGCACCUGUUUUUCUGUACAUUUAUAACUGCAAUCAACAAAAUAUUGUGUGUACUUAUUUAUUGAAAUAAAGUUGUUUCUAAACCGA